AUGCGUGCCUCUAUCAUCCUCCUCGCCUUCUCGGCUCUCGCCGCUGCCCAGCUCUCUUCUGAGCCUUCGGACUCUGAGGCCACUGCCACCGAGACAUCAAUUGCUGAGACGGCUACUGAGACUGCCACCGACGUCUCCAUUGAGACAACUCCUGUUGAUACAACUGACAUGGACACAACUGCCAUCGACACAGCUACUGCCACCGACGCCACCACUACCAUUGAUACAACCUCAGCUGAUGUCGACUCUGCUACGGAAACCACUGGCCCUACUACCUCCCAGCCACUCAUCCCUACUGGGUCCACCCCCGAACAGUCAUCCCCUGUGAUCGUCUCCUCUUCUGGCUUCACGAGCUCUCCUAGCCCUACCUCCUCUACCAGCACCCGCUCCACCUCAACUUCCACCCGGUCCUCAACUUCCACAAGGACAGAGACCGCCACAUCAACCUCCGACAACCAGGACGCCGAGGAGACCAACUCCGACAACGGGGCUUUUGCUCUUCCCACUGCCAACCCGCUUUUCGGUCUUGGUCUGGCUGGUGCUGCUUUCGUCGCUUUCAUCUAA